GGGGUCCGCGCCACGGGAAGCGAACUGCGCGCGCGUCCGGAUCCUUACGUGAAGCGGGCCUCUUUCUUGUUAUCUAGCUGCAGGUCCGUCCCGAGCAGCCCAAACGGUGGCAGCUCGUUCUGGUGAAUUAGCGGUACUGCCCGGCGCGGCGAGUGCCGCUGGGCCCCGGCCCUGUUCCCGCCUCAGGCGCGGUGCUGCCCGGCGGUGCGUGGUGGAGGAGUGCUGUGGUGAAGGAGUGCUGGAAUUAGGUGGUGAAAUCAGAUGCUGUAGAGCUCAUUUUCUGACAUUCUGGCAGGUCCCUUUCCAUUUUUCUAACGUGUCCAGCCUCUGUUUCUAGAUGGAAAUAACAGAGCCAAAUCAUUUGUCAUUUUUUCUUAGUUUUAGUGGGGCUUCCAUGGGGCACUGCACAGCGCAGCUCAGCCUGCGUGUCCUCAGGCUGACUUUUAGGAUGGUAUCGUUAACAGUGCUGGCAAAGUUUGAUCUAGAUGAAUAGCACUUGGUCACCAAAGUGUCUCUGUGAUCCCAGUUCUGUCAUCCUUGAAAACAGUUAAUAUUUUCAACGAAGAUUUCAAGAAAUGACAUCUGCUCAGCUUCAGUUUUGGUUGGGAACAUAAACUAUUUCCUAAGUAAAAUACUAGUAGCGAAAAACGCCUUGUUAUCUUCUGCAGCACUGCAUGGGAAAAUAGGUUUUGUAGGGCUAAGCCUUGACAUAGUCAUUUGUUCAUCAAACUAUCUAAUUCCAAACUGGUUUAAAAAUAUGAACAAAAAAAAGAUUAAACCCCAAUACCUUUUUAAAAAAAAUAUUAUUAUUAAUAUAAUUUUAUGGUCAUACAAUGAAAACCAUGGUAUGUUUCAUUAUAUUACAAAGUAUUUAAGCUUGAUCAUUACCUGGAAGUGACUCCUCCAGUCUGAUUUUCUGCUAGAUUGUAAAAGAAAUGAUGUUUCCAAAAGCUGUAUGAUCACCAUCAGCAGAAAUGCUAAUAUAAUGUCAGAUUUCAAAAUGUCUGAUUAUAGUACAUUUAUUGCACUUUAUUGUUUCUGUUGUUCUACUUUCUCUGUUGUGUUAAAAUAAUUAAGCAGGCAAUCCUUUCAACUAUUUAGCAAAACUACUGGAAAGUCUUCUAACUCUUUUUGAAAUACCAGUGGUUAUGGAAGACACUCUCUAAACUAAGCCACCCCUCAUCCCCUCCAGCCAAUCUGCAUAUUGUUGGCAAUGCAAUAAGCUUUUGCGCUGUGAAGAUGUAUCAUUUCUUGUUUUGGAAGAUCACUGGAAAGUGACAUUUUGCCAGCAGGGUGAUGUAUAGCAAGAAUUACUGCAGUAUUGUGUCCUUUUCUUGGACCUGCUUUGUAAUGUUCCUGCAUUUUUCACUAUUUUGAACAGAAAAUUUGUUUCUAAUGUAAGCUCAUAGAAGCCAUUCUGGUGGUGUGUUUCUUUUCUUAUACACAGUGAUACAGUGUCUUAUAUCUGAAGUAUGUGGUGAGUAAACUUCUCCAUAAAAUACAGAGCCUCAGGUGAGCUUUGCUCUGUUUAUCAAGCCAUGUACAAACGUUUUCCUAUUAAUUCUGUAAAAUGCAUGAUGACAUUUACUAGUAUGAUCUUUUCUGCAGUCAGUAUUGAGGUAUGCCUUGGUGAAUUAUAAGCACAUAAAUGAUACUUAUAUUCAACUCUAAUGAUUGGUCUGUAAGUCAGCAUUUAGUGUAUGAUGAGCAUAUAGGAUGAAAUAAUUUUCAGCUAAUAAAAGCCUAAACAUAUAAUACAGCAGGUAUUCAUUUCUCAGUGUAAGAAAUCUAUUCUGGAAAUCAUUUGAAUGUGUUUUUUUGCAUUUUCUGGAAGUUAAAGUAAUGUAUUUGUAAUGUAUAAAGACUUCAGCUUUAAAAUGGUUCAUAAAUAUAAACUAUUUUAAAAGAAAGCAUGCUGGAAAUUUUCUUAGACAUAAAAUGACUGGAUAAGACUUUGGCAAAGACAGUUAAGAUUCAGUUGCUUGGAACUGCUUUUGGAGAAGGUACUUGUAAUUUUUCCUUCAGUUGUUUCCAGUUCUGUGAUUUAUUCUAGCCCAGUUUUUCAGUCGUCCUGCAACAGACCCAGACCUAUUUGUUCUGACAGAGUCUUCCAAGCCAGUCUUUUGCCUUGAGCUUAGGGAGCCCGUGUGUGCUGCUCUCUUUCUGUCUUUAUAGUAAUUUUAGUAUAAUAUAACAGUACUACUGAUUUUUACCCUUCUGAUUAAAGCUGGUUAGCUUUCUGCAUUGCAUCUAGCUUUUUGGAUGGCAGAUGCUAACGGCUCUGCAGUUCAGCAUUCUAUCAGAGCUGGCUUAAAUGAUAGAGCAAAUUGUCUCUUUCCUAUCUAAUUUGUAUAAUUAGUUUUUUUUUUUGUAAAAUGCAUGGGAAUAGUCAUUCUAGGGCAUACUGUGGGUUUGCCUAUUUCAGGAUCCUGUUUCUAGUAGUAGCCAUUAGCAGACAAGCCUGGUGAGUGAGCUUAACUCUUGACUGUGACCUGACUGCAACUGUAUGUGCAGAUGCUUUUCAGACCACAUUCUGAGCACUUGCAUUGGCUUGUGAAAAGAUAAUUAUGCCCCAGGAAUUUGUUAGAAUUAGAAUUUUGAUUAUUCUAUUUGCCAGAGCUUUCCCUGAGGAAGUACUGUAAUAAAAAAGUAACAGUGUCACAGAAAAGUAAGAACAACGUAACUGUUAUUAAAAUAAUAAUUUAUACGUAGCAGCAUCCAUGUGUAUGAAAGCAUAUAUUGUGAUACUUCAAGCUUUUUAGAGAUGCGAAAUGUGGAAAAAAAAUGUGGAAAUACUGAGUCACGGCCUGAAGCAGUGAUGGAGCACCUGGUGGGAAGGCAGGGCCAGCCCAGGGGAGCUCAGCUGCAAGCAAUGCACCUGAGUGACUGGAAGGGGUAGAGUCAGCAUCCACCCCUUCCCAGCCCUUAUUUAAGGGUUGGCAGUGGAGGUGAGGGCGUUUCUUGCUGGCGAUCCCUGUCUACGUGAGGCCUUCCAAAGCUUUUUUAAUUGCUCCAUGAGAAUGGCAAGAAUUCGGAUUUCCAGCACAAUCAUGACACUUCUUAUUAUGGUCCAGACUGGAUUCUUACUCUUCAUGUAUGCUCGGUACAAUAGCUUCACACCUCCUUCUGAGGAAAAAUCGUCUCAGGUCCACAUCCUCAUUCUCUCCUCCUGGCGGUCGGGAUCUUCUUUUGUUGGUCAGCUUUUCAGCCAGCACCCCAGUGUCUUCUACCUGAUGGAGCCUGCAUGGCACGUAUGGGUUACAAUGUACCAGAACAGUGCCAAAGUCUUGCACAUGGCAGUGCGGGACCUGGUCAGGUCAGUCUUUCUCUGCGACAUGUCUGUUUUUGAUGCCUACAUGCCUUGGAAAAGAAACUUAUCUGAUCUUUUCCAGUGGGCAGUGAGUCGGGCUUUGUGUUCAGCUCCUGCUUGUGACUCCUUUCAGCGUACCGAGAUAACCAGUGAAAUGGCAUGCAAGACUCUUUGUGGACGAUACCCUUUCAGCAAGGUGGAGGAAGCCUGUAAAACCUACAGCCACGUUGUAAUCAAGGAGGUUCGCUUCUUUGACUUGAAGGUCCUCUACCCACUUCUCACCGAUCCAUCUCUGAACCUCAAAAUAAUUCACUUAGUCCGUGACCCCAGGGCAGUUGUCAAGUCACGAGAACAAUCAGUCAAAGCAUUAGCCCGUGACAAUGGAAUUGUUCUGAGUACCAAUGGCACUAAAUUGGAAGACAGCAAAUACAAAGUAAUGCAAGAGAUUUGUAGAAGUCAUGUUCAGAUUUAUGAAACAGCUACUCUGAAACCACCUAGCUUCCUUAAAGAUCGCUAUCUGUUGAUCCGUUUUGAAGAUCUGGUAAGAGACCCAUUGUCAGAAAUCUCAGAAAUGUAUAAAUUUGCAGAUCUUAGUUUGACCCCCACACUCAAAAGCUGGGUCUAUAACAUCACACAUGGACAGGGACCGGGAAAAAAAAAAGAAGCUUUCAAAAUCACAUCUCGAGAUGCAGUUAAUGUUUCCCAGGCGUGGAGAAAUGUUCUUUCAUUCCAGAAAAUUAAGAAAAUACAGGAAGUUUGCAAAGGCGCUAUAAACAUGCUGGGCUAUCAGCUAGUGGAUUCAGAAAAAGAACAAAGAGAUCUGUCACUGGAUUUAGUGUUGCCAAGAAGACAAAACCAAUUCAGUUGGUCAUCAUUUAAUCCAAGGAACUAAGCCAUUACUUUGAGAGAUUAGGGAGGGGAAAAAGGAGGAGAGUAUUUAUCUAUCGUGUGGUGUAUAGGUAGUUUGAAAAUACUUGGCUGAUGAGUUUAAUUGUCUUCCUGCCUGCUGGUUCACAAAGUGAUGUAAGCCUUUUUUUUUGAGCUUCUUACACCACAAACUAAAAAAAAAAAAAAUCAUCUGAAAAAUUCAGCAAGGUACUUGUGAGAUUGCAAAUUUGCAGCUGAGCUGUGCUGUUCUGAGUGUUGUUUUAAAAAUAUAAUUUAAAUUCUUUCUAUAAAAGACAAUUUGUUCAUUGGUAAUAGUGUAGUUUCAUGCUUAAAACGUUCAAGAAUCUGUUUUUAGUUCAUAUAAAGUGGACAAAAUAUAAACUAAUUUCCUUCACUUUUUUUCCCCCAAGAAUUACUUGACUUUUUUCUUUUGUUUUAAAAUUGUUGUGCAGUAGUGUAUUUCUUUUUUUUUUUUUUUAGGCUUCUCUUGAUGCUUUUAAUUUCAACAGCUGGGACAACUGCUGUGGCUCUAUUGUAAAAGGCUUAAGCAGUACGUUUUCUUAUUGGUAGAUUUCUUAGAGGUUUGCAAUGAUAGAUUUUGCAGCCUAAUACUUGAAUUGGGAUGUUGGCAUAGAGUGCAAAAAACUUAGGAUGCAAAAAAACAAGAGGUGAAAAAACUUUAUUGGAGUAGCUGUGGAAAUAGCAUGUUAAUGCUGUCCCAGUUGUGUUUUAAUGCUGCAACGCAGUAGGCACGUACUUGAUUCCUUCAGUGCGAUUUGCAUAAUUAUCCCCUUUCUUCAAUGCUACAGGUUUUGUUAAUGGAGGUCACUGAGAAAUGUAAGGUGCCUUUCUUAAUAUAGUACAUUUCAGAGCAGGCAGUACAUGUUUAUUCAAUUCCGGGUAUCCUGUUAGGGCUAAUAGAAGAAUGUUGUGCUGUAUCUCAUUUAGGAUGAACUCAAAGAAUCUCAUCAGUGUCACUGCAGUGAUCUGCUAUAGGAAACGGAUGUCCCUGUCAUUCUGGAUGCUGAUGGGCCCAGUGACAGCGUCUCCCUGGGUGUCUCUAAGGCCACAUCCCUUGUGCCUGGAGGUUUUUUUUUUUUUCUGAUUGUCCCCAGAGCUAUUAGUAGGGUCUGUGGCUUUGAGCACUUCUUCAGGGUUUCUAACUGUAAUGCACCAGGGCUAAUGCUUGUUGUGAUGUCAGGGAGAAAGACACCGAGACUGUGCAAAAUACAUACUAAGAUUCUAUUUAUUGAAAUUAACACCAGAAAGGGGGGGGGGGGGGGAAAUAGUGUGAUUCUGUGUCUAUCAGAUGCUGGAAAGUCUGAGUUGGGUGGAAUUGGAGAGACCUCCAAUGAAAGCAUUGCGUAUGGUGCAGACCUCAUCCAUGGGGAAAUAUCUUGUUCUUUAGAAGGCUUUUCUUAGAAGAAAAAAGUUCUGUUUAUCACUUCUGUCAUCAAAAAAGGGAUAUUUGCAUGUGAAUCUUCUGCUUCACUUCUAAGAUAAAGAUGUUCAGGUGCUACAAUCAACAGUGCCAAGUUGCGUGCUGCCUGUGCUGAGUUUAGCUCUGGGACAAGGGUGCCACGGCUGAGCUUUAACCACUGGGAUGAGAAUCGUGAGGGCUGUCCGAGGGGGAUUAUUGAGGGUGCCGCGGGCUGGGACACAGCCUCAGGUACCCCGCGAUUCCACGGGGAGGCAGCAGCACGGCGGUGGGAAGGGUGGGUUCCGAUCGGGUGCGGGCUGCGAUUGGCAGUUCCCGAUGGGAGAGGCGGGUGGGGGUCGUGCCCUGACAGCGCUCGCGCUAGAGGAGGCUCAUCUCACAGCCGGGCGGCCGCGUGGGCUGUGUGUUCUCUCCCUCUCCCAUGUGGUGGUGCUGCAGGCUAAGGUAUCCCUUCAUUUACCGUGGAUGUCACUGACAACAUCUAGCUUAGGUUUGUGUGGCUUUUGUCUCACUCUUUGGGCAAAGAGAGGAAGGUGGAACCCUCUCACUUUUGGCAGGAACUGCUGUGGUUGAAAGUGGGAAGACCGGGAAGAGGUAAAGCAGAUGAGGUCUGAAAUGAAGCUGCUGGAAGAUUUCUCCUGCUGCAGACAAGAAAAAUCUUAUCCCUGUGAGUGAGGAAAGGUACUUCUUAGCAGUCAUCAACAGUCCAGAUCACCAGCAUGCACCCGAAGGGGCCAGAUCCAGGUCCUAAACUGGCCAAAGGGAUAUGCCAUACCACAGGGCAUCAUGCUGAAAACUAAAACUGCGGGAGUUGGCCGAGGGGAGAGACUGCUGCCUGGGGACUGGCUGGGCAUCACCUGGCAGGUGAUGUGCAAUUGUGUUGUAUAUCGUUUGCUUUGUAUAGCCUUUUAUUGUUGUUUUUGUUUCUCCUUCCCUUGCUGUCCUAUAAAAUCGUUCUUAACUCACAA